AUGGAGAAAGUAUUGCAGUAUUAUACAUUUAAAUUUUAUUGUGUACAAAUUUUUUUACAAAUAAAUUAAACAAUAAGUAUGCUGAUAAGAGAGUGGUGUACGAUUUUUAUGCAUUUUCUUAUUGCUUGGAGGACGGAUUAGAUCAUUUUAAAACUAAAUAUACAAUUAAGUAAACAUCUGACAAAAAGGAAUCUUAUAGAAAGGACGAAAAAAAGCGCCGUAACAUUUCACGGCAGAAAAGAAACGGAAACAGAGGUUAGCUUAUUGAACACAACUACCCUAGUCAGUUGUUAAGAUGGCAGUUAUUAUGGUUAUGGUGGUAGUCGAAAUGAUAUCAAUUUAGUUAAAACAUUCAAUGAAAAAACAAAGGAGGAAAGCAGUUCUUAUGAGUGUUAAUGUUUGUGAGUUUCGGUGGCUAUCUUAUCGGUUUUUUAGUUAGUAUCAUUUAAAAAUAUGUGAAUGUUAAAGUAUUUAACAGUGAAAGAACAAUUGAUUGUAUAUACAUAUAUAUACAUAUACACACACGUUUAUCUUCCUUUCAAUAGGUUUAUUUCUCUCUUUUUGUUGUUCUGUUCUGUUUCUCUCUUCAGUCCUUAGUUCUUUCCCUCCCCCUUGUUUAUUAAUUAGUCGUUCUAUAGUAUUACGAACAAAUCUUUCAAAGAAUACGAUUGCGUGUCAAAGAAAAUAUAAGUCAAUCGUGACUCGAUCGUAAAUUGUUAUCUUGUUCUAUUGAGAUUUAUUGAUUUGUUAAUUAAAAGUAUGACAAAUAUACGGAAUUUGUAAAUUUAUAUCGUGCAAAAUUUACAAAGGUCAUCAAGAUAAAAUAAGGAAAAUCCAUAUACUUACAUUAUUCGCAUUUUUGAUGAAUCAAGAUAUAAUGAAUUAAAUAGAUAGAAGAAUGUGUUUGAAAUAUUUUUUAUAGUUUAUGAUAUUAAUUAUGCGAUUACAUGAAUUGUUUAUUUUUUUUCUUCAUUUCUGUGAUAUUCAGUAUGAAAUUAUUCCAUAAUCGGUCAAACUAAUUUUUUAUACAAUAAUGUCUAAAAAGACUAAUUGCAACAAGAUGUUAGUUCAUCAGUUAUCAUCAGUGCUACCUGAUGAUAGACCCAUCACAGCCAUAAGUGUUGUUGAAGAUAUAGAUAAGUGUCCACCAAAUUUUACAGUGGUAUCAAGAACAUAUGACCAAGAUACUGAUGCUGAUUUAUGGAGAGAAAGUGGGCUUUUUAUUAAAAAAAAAGGCAGAUAUAUAUGUUUUUCAAAGACUGAAGGUUUACCUCGGUGCGUUGUUGAAGAUAUAGCAGUCAUUAAUGAACGAGAUACUCCUCCAGAAGGAUACAGCAUAAUUUCUUAUACUGUAGAUUCAAUGCAGAAAGCAUGGAGAAAGAAACAGGUGUGCUAUAAAAUUAGAAAUAAAGAAUUAUGCUCAAAAGCAGUUACUGAUAUUAUCAUAUGUAGUAGACUUAUACAUAAAGUUUAUAAUACAUCCAAAAUGGCACCAAACGGAUUUAUUGCUGCUGGUAUUGUCAAUGGAGUUUGUGUUUGCUAUAAAACUGUGGAUAUUGUAAAUGAAAAUUCAAAUUCACAAUCAUAUGUUAAUUUAGACUUACUUCAAAGUGUUUCUCCAAAUUCAUCAAAUGGAACAUCCCAUAGAAUACCUCCUGAAAGACCACCAAAACCAACAAAUGGGGUUUAUCCACAAAUUAGUGGAAGUGGAGGAAAGGAUAUAGAAGAAUCUGAUGAUAGAGAUUAUGAAAUUCUGAAUCCUAAUGCAAGAAUUAGACCAACUAGACCUGCUCCACAACCUCCUACGUCAAUAGUUACUGGAUCUACAUCAAUUUAUGGUACACUGCCAGGAUCUUCUGAUUUAGAUGGAGUUCCAUUUAUUUUAAAUUCACGUCUUAGUGUUCAUUCUGAUUCUUCUACUAAUAAACUUCCUGUAAUUAAAAUUUGGACUCAAGAAAAUUUGGAUAAAGAGUUUUUUUAUGACUUUCGUGCAGAGAGAGAAACUUGAAGAAACCACUGUGCCAAAUUAAUUGUGUGAUUCUUCAUGCAAUUUUUCAGCUAUGUCUAUACAUUUGUAUUGAUAAUGUAGCACUAGCCAAGUGUAAUAGAGUGCCUGAACGAAUGAUUCAUACUAAUCUGUGAAAAUGGAAUCCUUUUAAAACAUUUACUAAAAUGUUUGAAUUUAAAUAUUGUCCAUUUUCCGAAGUACUUUUUUCUUCCAUAUUCUAUUUAGAUUUUGAUACCAGUGACAGUUAGCGUUGUAUUUUUAUAGAGUUGCGUUGUAUUUUUAUAGGUAGUAGAAAUUAUAUAUAAUUGUAUCAUAUGUUCUAGUUGUUUAUAAAUCGUCAUAAAAUACUUAAUAUUAUAAUGGUGUAUUUCUAUUUCUUAAUCAAACAUAAAAAUCUUUCA